AUGAUUCCGUCGGUUGCUCCGCCCCGCCAGGAGUACCUCGAGCGCCGACGCAAUGAGAACGCAUUUGUGCCACGCUUUUUCGGCGCCGCCCCGGAGCCACAGCAGGUUUUACGCGAUGCUGAUCAGGAAGAGGUGCGUUACUCAGACGAGUUGCGUUACUCAGACGAGGACCUCUUUGCGCCCGGCGAUGCGCCAAACUGCUUCUCGGAUUGGCUCCAUGCCUGCGGCGAUUGCCUGGUCAUCUGUUGCAGCACACGGUAUAAUCAUUCGUCCUCCUCAAAACUGGAGGCAGUCGAAACUGAAAGCUGGCUAGCGGGAGAAAGCCAACCCUACUUCAUCUCCUUCUGCCUCUACUUCUGCUGCUCCGUUGGGAACGACGUCGGGGGCCGCUUCAUCUGGCCGACUGCUUGCCCGUGCGGCUGCAUCACUUGCUGCUGCCCGCUCAGCGGUCUCGGCGCCAGCGGACACGACGGCGUCUGCGACGCUGGCUGUGUCUGUUGCAGAUCCUCGGCGCAGCGCCUCGACAGCGUGCGAUACUGGACGCAGCGUGUGAUGGUGGCGAGCUCCGAGAAGGUGAUCGAGACCUAUCCGCUCCCCACCGAUCCAACACUCGACCCACCCUACCCUUCGCCCGGCCCGACGGACUUUGCGAGGAAGAUUGAGGCGAUGGCCAACUAUCUCGUGUCCAUUCCAUGCAUCUUCCCGUUCUGCAUUCGCUAUCAGACGGGCUGCUGUGGCCUUUGCACACGGGCAGGCUUCGCGCCCGAUGCGACGUACAUGCCUGCAAGCUCGGCCCUCGGCUCGGCCGAUAAGCUCAUGCACGCGGGCGAGUGCGGCGGCUACUGGGCAUUCCCAAAGGCGUUCAAAAACGCCGCGGGAGAGCAGCUUCGUGGCCGACUGCCGACACCUCCCGGCGCGAGGGACGACAACGGUAGGCCGUUCGAGACCAACGUGGCCGUCGGCAAGCCUGGCUCCAAGGUAAUCUUUUGGGCGCAUGGGUCGGGCUGGAUCGCGACUCAGUCGGCCGUCUACCUGUGGCUGAUCGCGCUCUUCCUGUGUCAGCAGACGGGCCACGUCGUGCUCGUGGGUGAGUACCCCCUCGCGAGCAGCACAUCGGGCAACGUUGGGUUCUACCCGACGCAGCUGGCUCAGUGGGUUCGGACGUACGCCAAUCUCGUCAGGGUGUACGGGCCCGAGAACGUUAUCCUCGGGGGCGACUCGGCUGGCGGCGGCCUGGCCAUGAGCACCCUCCUCUGCGCGCUUUCGCCUGAACGACUUAUCGCCAGCCCCGCGGGCAUGCUGCUCAUCUCACCAUUUGUUGACCUGUCUGACGGCUCGUCGGACAAGGAGCACGUGAGCUCGAUGGCGGCCAAUGCUCCACGUGAGAAUGGCGGCCUAGCAAAUUACGGACUCGCCGACAUCUUGCCGCACAACGGCUAUCAAGAGGUGUGCGCGGUGUACGCGUCUGCAGAGACCCGAAACACGGAACCGCUGUGCUCGCCCGGGCUCCACAAUAAGAAGACCCUCAAACCAUAUUGGCGCGAUUGGCCAACGACGUUCAUCGCGUGGGGCGACCAAGAGAUCCUGCGAGACCAGAUCUCGGCCACAGCAGCAGCACCGCCGGGCGGGCUUGUGACCACCCAUGUGGUUGAGAGGGGCUUCCACAUCUCACCGAUCGUCGGACUACCGCUGGUGGAGAACCUCGGCUGUUGUGGCGGGAGCGAUCCCCAGCACUCCGAGGUGGCCAGGGCCUGGUACGUCAUUCUCUCUUGGCUCCGGGACACCGUGGGAUGGAAGGAGACCCGAGUGCCGGAGGAGUGGAGGCCGGCGGUCUAUAGGACCACUACUAGCUAA